AUGGCUUCCAAGUUCUGGACUCAGGCCGGUGCUUCUGAUUCCGAUGAGGAAGAGGAGCAGAGCGAGUACGAAGACGAAAUCGAAGACGCCGGCGGAGAUCCAUCGGCCGCCGACGCGAAGAAUCGGUAUCUCAGGGCAACCGAUACCGACAGCGACGAUGAUGAUGGCCAGAAGCGUGUGGUUAAGUCGGCCAAGGACAAACGAUUCGACGAGAUGACGUCUACUCUCGAGCAGAUCAAGAACGCGAUGAAGAUUAACGACUGGGUGAGCUUGCUGGAGAGCUUCGACAAGAUUAACAAGCAGCUGGAGAAAGUCAUGCGGGUGACGGAAGCGGUGAAGGUCCCGAACCUCUACAUUAAGUCCCUGGUGAUGCUGGAGGAUUUCUUGAAUCAGGCCAUGGCGAAUAAGGAGGCCAAGAAGAAGAUGAGUACCAGUAAUGCGAAGGCAUUGAACUCUAUGAAGCAGAAGCUUAAGAAGAACAAUAAGCAGUAUGAGGAGCUCAUUAAUAAGUAUAGGGAGAAGCCUGAGAGUGAGGAGGAGGCUGAUGAUGAUGAGGACGAAGAUGCUGAUGACGACGAGUCCGACACAUUUGCUGAGGAUGUCAAUGCGAUGUCCGAUGAGGAUGAAGAGGAAGAUGAUGGGAAGGACGACGACCAAGCUGAGGGCGAAGGCGGCUGGGAGAAGAUGAUGAGCAAGAAGGAGAAGCUCAUGGAUAAGCAAUUCAUGAAGGACCCUAGUGAAAUUUCUUGGGAUGUGGUGAACAAGAAAUUUAAAGAAGUUGUUGCAGCUCGUGGUAGGAAGGGCACUGGAAGGUUUGAGCAGGUUGAGCAGUUAACUUUCUUGACCAAGGUUGCCAAGACACCUGCCCAGAAACUUGAGAUUCUCUUCAGUGUUGUGUCUGCUCAGUUUGAUGUGAAUCCAGGGCUUAACGGUCACAUGCCUAUCAAUGUGUGGAAAAAAUGUGUGGUGAACAUGUUGGUUAUCCUCGAUAUAGUUUUCCAGCAUAGGAACAUUGUUGUCGAUGAUAUGGUUGAGCCGGAAGAGAAUGAAACACAGAAGGGAGCAGACCAUGAGGGUCCUGUUCGUGUUUGGGGAAAUUUGGUGGCCUUCCUUGAAAGAAUUGAUGUCGAGUUUUUCAAGAGCUUGCAGUCCACUGACCCUCAUACUCGUGAGUAUGUUGAUAGGCUGCAGGAUGAGCCUAUGUUUUUGGUUCUUGCUCAAAAUGUCCAGGAGUAUCUUGAGCGAGGUGGGGAUUAUAAAGCAGCAGCAAAGGUUGCUUUGAGGCGGGUUGAGCUUGUGUACUACAAACCACAGGAAGUUUAUGAUGCUAUGAGGAAGCUGUCUGAACAAACUGAAGGUGGAGACAAUGGUGACGAAAAGGCGGAAGAGAGUAGAGGCCCACCUGCAUUUGUUGUUGUUCCUGAGGUUGUGGCUCGGAAACCCACUUUUCCCGAGAGCAGCAGAACAAUGAUGGACAUGUUGGUGUCUCUCAUAUACAAACAUGGAGAUGACAGGACAAAAGCCCGAGCAAUGCUUUGUGAUAUAUAUCACCAUGCUCUACUUGAUGAGUUCUCCAUUGCUCGUGACCUGUUGUUGAUGAGUCACUUGCAGGAUAACAUUCAGCAUCUGGACAUUUCUACUCAGAUCCUUUUCAAUAGGGCCAUGGCACAGCUUGGUUUAUGUGCAUUUAGAGUUGGGCUGAUCACUGAAGGACAUGGUUGCCUCUCGGAACUAUAUUCUGGUGGAAGGGUGAAAGAGUUGCUUGCUCAAGGUGUAUCCCAAAGCCGAUAUCAUGAGAAGACCCCAGAACAGGAGAGGUUGGAAAGACGACGCCAGAUGCCAUACCACAUGCACAUCAAUCUCGAGCUUCUAGAAGCUGUGCACCUCAUCUGCGCCAUGCUCCUCGAGGUCCCGAACAUGGCAGCCAACACCCAUGACUCCAGGCGCCGACUCAUCAGCAAGACAUUCAGGCGUCUUCUCGAUAUUAGCGAGAGGCAGACUUUCACCGGCCCUCCUGAGAACGUCAGGGACCACGUGAUGGCCGCAACUCGAGCCCUCACCAAGGGAGACUUCACCAAAUCCUUCGAGGUCAUCCAGUCCCUUGACAUCUGGCGCCUUCUCAAGAACAAAGAGGGCGUCCUUGAAAUGCUAAAAUCCAAAAUCAAGGAGGAAGCUCUUAGAACCUAUCUGUUGACCUACUCCUUGUCCUACAACUCCAUGAGCUUGGAACAGCUGAUGAACAUGUUCGACUUGUCGAGGGCCCAGACCCACAGCGUGGUGAGCAAGAUGAUGAUCAACGAGGAGCUGUACGCAAGCUGGGACCAGCCAACUGAGUGUGUCGUGUUUAACGAUGUUGAGUACUCCAGGCUGCAGGGUUUGGCGUUCCAGUUGACCGAGAAGCUCUCAGUGCUCGCGGAGAGCAACGAGAGGGCGAUGGAGUCUGGUGGUGGCGGCGGGAUGGAUCUCCCGAUGCGGAGGAGAGAAGGGCAGGACUAUGCCAAUGCUGGUGGUGGUGGUGGGGGUAAGUGGCAGGAUAACUAUAAUCAGCAGGGAGGAAGGCAAGGUGGUGGCGGUGGGCGUUCAGGAGGGUAUGGUGGUGGUGGGAGAUCUGGACAAGGUGGUGGUAGAGGCGGGUAUAACAGGGGGAGCCAGGUACGAGGUGGCGGCUCUCGAUAUCAGGAUUCGUCGGCAUAUGGUGGUGCGCGAAGGACGGCUAGUUCGGCUGUCAGGGGCUCUCAGAUGGAUGGUUCUACCCGUAUGGUCAGUCUGAAUCGCGGAGGUCACCCUUAG